UGACCACUGACCAGUACGAGCACAGACACCGACCGGUACCGUGUAUGGGUGUGUGUGUGCCUUUCCCCUUUACAGUACGUUGGUUGUGUCAGUUCAGUUUAUUAUACAAAUCAGUAAUCUUGCCUUGCAUUGAAUUUGAACGGCAAGACUUCUCUGAUGUCAUUAUUUUGAUAACGCUUUAGACUUAAGUGAUGAAAUAAGCUAUGCCACCACCACAGCAGCUUAGCAUGACAAAUUUCAACACUACAAUUGAGAGAGUUCCUCCACUUGAUCCCUACAGAGUCCACAUGGAAGCCCUGGAGAUUGCUGGCAAGAUGAUAGAGAAGCAAAUGACGUUGGACAGCAGCUUUCCUCAGCUGACGGACCGCAUGAGGAUUACAGCUCAAAGUGGUCCCACAGUGAGUGGACUGAGUGAGCUGGACUACCCUAAUGUAAACUCUCUCUCUGGCCUGUCCUCAGUCACUCAGCUAUCUACUCUCAACAAAGUGCCUUUACCUCCUGAGAUUAUGGAGCAUUUUGGUCAUAUGCAAUGCCGCUGCAUGAUGGGAGUGUUUCCAGAAAUCUGCCGAGCAUGGCUCACUAUUGACAGUGACAUAUACAUCUGGGAUUUUGAACAUGGGACGGAUGUUGCGUAUUACGAUGGUCUCAGUGAAACAAUAGUAAGUGUUGGACUUGUCAAGCCCAAGCCUGGUGUGUUCCACAACUUUAUCCGACACUUGUUAGUGUUGACCACCACAGCUGACAUAAUUGUGUUGGGAGUUUCUCUUAUGUCUGUCCAAGGAACAGGGGGUCUUCAGACAGAAAUAAACCUUACGCCAGAAAUCAUUUAUACCUUACCAACUGAUGGAGUACCCAUGACAGUCAUCAGUGGUUCUGCCUUAGGGCGCAUCUUCUUGGGGGGUAAAGAUGGCAGCCUUUAUGAGAUAUGUUAUCAGAAAGAGAUUGGAUGGACAGGAAAAAGGUGUAAAAAAGUGAACCAUUCUACAACAACACUCUCGUUCCUUGUGCCUUCUUUUCUCAAUGCUGCAUUCUGUGAAGAUGAUGCAAUUGCACAGAUCUCAAUAGACAACAGCCGCUACAUUCUGUACACUCUGUCAGAGAAGGGCACUGUGUCGGUGUUUGACCUCGGAGACAACGGGAUGUCCACAGGGAGACUGGUCAGUCUGUCUCAGUCUGCUAUCAUGCAAGCAGCUCUCAGUAUUGCAAGGACCCUGGACGGUUCCAACUUCAGUCAGUUGGUGAGCAUCAGUGCUGUGACAGUACAGGAGUCACUACAUGUGGGUUUGGUGGCAGUAACCUCUGCAGGGUCUAGACUCUACUUCUCUACAGGACCUGCAAGCCAACGUCCCACCACUCUACACUUACUGCACGUCAGAUUACCUCCGGGGUUUGCUGCUAAUGCACCCACUAACAGGCCAAGCACUGUGCACAUCGCCCUAUACUCCCAAGGUAACCUGAUACUGGUGACUUCUCCUGGUGGCAACCAAGACAAGGUUUGGUGUCUGAGUGGGGACAUAUUCCCUCUGCAGCGCACGUUGAGUGAGACACAGAGUGUAGCUCGGCUGGAUGGUGUUGCCUGGGCUCUUCAAGAGAUGUCUUCUCCCUCUACCUCACCUGAUAGCGUUCAAUCUCUUCCCCCUCUCAUUGUCAGACAGCACUAUGAACCUGCAAAGAAGUUUGUCGUCCUUACGCCCAACGGUGCUGAAAUAAUGAAGUGUCUGCGGCCGGUGGACGUGCUGAGUCAGCUACUACAGCAGAGUCAUGGAGCUGAGAGUGAUGCUGUCAAGUCAUACUUUCACUCUCAGACGGAGGACCAGGCCUGUGCUACAUGUCUGUUGCUGGCAUGUGACCAGAGUGUGCACAACACCAAGCUAGGAGAGUGGGCUACCCGUGCGUUCUUCCUCUAUGGUGGUGAGCCCAAAUUAGCCACAACACAACUCAUGAGUCCUUCAAACUUCCAGUACUCCUUGCCUCCAGGCUUCAAUCCAGGUUCAGUUUCCACACCAGUAGGUCUAGGAGGCCGCUCAGCGUAUUCUACUCCUGACAACGGCACCAUUCAGUUCUCAGCCAAGCACAACGGCCUCUACCUCUUCAUCAGCCGUGUACUGCGUCCUCUCUGGAACACCAGGAUUGUGCAGAAAGUACACAUCAAUGGCAAGCAAUACUUGGUCAGUAGUGUGACGGGGAAAGAAGUAACUGUAGUUGCAUCAAAACUCCUAGCAUUGCGAUCGUUCCUAGAAAAAAACACUCAGUUCACCUACACUUCAGCGACCCAGAACUUUGUAACAUCAACAAUGGACACGACGCCAGUAGCAGCUGGCCGCAGCAGACUCCAAGAGGUGCAGCUACAAGAGAAGCACAGCUUGGACGCUCUCAACUCACUGGUGGACCACUCGUGUCAAGUGCUGGGUCUGUGGAAGAUUAUGUGUGAACAUCAGUUCCAUGUCAUCACAGACACGAUGCCUCAGGAACAACAAUCAGAGAUGGGCAUGGCUACAUUUCGCGAUCUUAUCCUUGUAGGACAUGAAAUCUGUACAACUCUUAUCAAUAAACUUAUCAACACGUAUUUGAAUGAUAACACGUCAAUAGAUCCAAUUAGUAUCAAACUAAGGAACACUUGUCCAAAACUCUACCGCAGUGAAGAUGCUGCUUGCACUAAGGCCAAUGAAAUGAUCAAUAUUGCCAAAACAAAACAGAAUAGAGAAGAACAAGAAAAGCUAUUGGCAUCUGCUUUAAAAUUGCUGAAGGAAGUUGCACCACAGAUUAACUUGUCAGGAGUUUGUCGUCUGCUAAUCACAUGCCACUGCUACUCAGGGAUUGUGGAACUGGUGUUGGAGUGUGCUGCCAAAUGUGACCCGAAGGACGUUGCUCUUCACUACUACAUGACCAAUCAGCCUGGGGAUGACACCUUGGGUUAUCAGGCAUACGCACAAAGAUUGGACUGCUACAAGGAGGUUACUGCAGUGUUGGACCAUCUGCGCCACAAGAGUUCCUCUACUUCCUACUCCAUCCCCACCAGACCAGGGUCCCCCCCUUUCCAGCCUUCACACAGAGAUGACGUUACCAAGGUGGAGGUUGAAGACCUAGUGGAGAUGUGCAUGGAGUCCAAUGAUCAGCUGUUGCACAUGGAAGUGUAUGAGUGGCUAGUGGCUCACAGAUUGUACGGUGACCUUAUAGCAGUAGCUAAACCCAGUUUGGAGCUUUACCUCAAGAAGGCUACUUCCAACCCAGCUCGAAGAGACGCAGGCGAGUUUGCUGACCUGCUGUGGAAGUAUCACGAGAGACAGGGCAACCACUCAGCUGCUGCUCAGAUUCUGUAUUCUCUUGCCAAAACUCCUGGAGAAAACUUGAACCUAGAGCAGCGCAUCACGUACCUGGCUAAGGCUGUGUUGUGCAUGAGGUCGGACCAGGUGGGAUGUGCUCCUCACUUGGGAGUCUUCUUGCACCAGCUAGAGGACUAUCUCCAGGUGGCCAACGUCCAAAAGAAGGUAUUGGAUGGACUGGCAAAUAUUGUAAAUUUACAUAGACAAGCAGAAGAAGCAGUUAAAAGACUCAACUCUUGUUUACUCACCAUCACAGAGUUGUAUGAGGAGUUUGCUGAGCCAUACAAACUGUGGGAGUGUCAGCUAGCCAUCAUAGAUGUGUCUGGUCAUGAUGAUGUGGACCUUAUCCAAGGCAUUUGGGACAACAUCAUUCAAGAUGAGAUGUGUCGUGGUGUAAACCUAGCCACAGAGGACAAGGUUGGGGUAGUGCUGGCCAAGGUCAAGGAGCUGGGCACCCAGUACCUCAUCAGCUCCAGGUGUUUCCCUGUUGCUUACCUGAUGUGGCAGCUAGAGCAACUCUGUUGCCGGGAAGAUGCCAACCGCUGCAAUGUCUUCAACACCUUCUACAACAUCGGAAUAUCAUUCCCUCAGCUUGUUGAUAUUUAUAGAAAAAUGUACAUUAUGAAUGACAGAUGCUGGGUGAGCAAUGGCAAUGAAUUGUACUUGAUUGAAGUAAUAGCUAACCUGACAGAAAUGUUCAUCAACAACCCAAAACUAGUCAAGCCCAGUGAAAAGAACAUUGUAGCAGUUGAGCUGCAGGACCUCAUCACAGACUGCCUCAGUGCCCUGUACACUAGGAUGGACACUGAGGCACUUGUCAUACAACUCAAGAACGCUCAAGCUCAGCUCACCAAGAUCUGAACUCUAUAGGUCUGCUGCAACUGAAACCCUUAACUGCCAAUUCCAAACUGACUAUAAUGUUAUGUGCAAAUUUUACUCAUGGAAUUUUUUUCUUCGGUUGUAAUCCACUUGUAUUAGCCUCAGUUUUUAUUAUUAUAAAUAAUUAAUUGUUAUAAUAAAAAUCUAUUUUUAAAUUUA